AUGGAUUCGCCUCAGUAUCAGGAGCUUGGAAUUGUGUCCCAGGAGCAACAGCCGAUCGAUCACGAAAAAGUACGAGCGACUUGGAAAUUCCUGGCGGGCUUAUCGUCGAACUUGACGCUUGUGGGGUUCCUCGUCAUGCCGCUCGCAUUUGAAGACGCCAAGGAUGAUUCUCUUGGGGACAAGACAGGCACAGCUGUAGCAGCAUUGGCAUUAAUCGGAAAUGCAUACCUUCUGUCGCUCAUCUUAUUCUGCGCCCAGUAUCGUAAGCGUACAUACUUGAUUCAUUCUGUCUUCCUACCUUGCCUAUUCUCCAACCUCCUCGGACUGUUGAAUGUCGUUCUUAAUAUUCUCUGUCGAAAGCUACUCCCCGUCGGCCGCUUGGCAACAGUGGGCAUGGUUCUUGCCUCUAUAUUCGCAGUCGUCUACGCGUUAUGCGCAUUGUGGGUAUAUGGAAGAAGCAUCGCCGACGAGAUUCGAGCCGACGACUCCGACCGUACAACAAUCCCUUUGACGGAAGAGGAGAUGCAACGACAACAGCUGCUCCGGCUUCUUCAAGAAAAUCAAGAUAAAAAGAGAUCGAGCUCCAAGGUCAUGCAAAAGACUUUCAGGGUUAAAGUUCCGGAACACAUCAAUCCCGGAAAAGGAUGGGAUUCCUUCAUGCCUCCUCCUCGCGAGAACAGUUACUAUAGCUGA